AACAUGAUUCACUCUUCAUCAUCACAAGAGUAUUCUGAAACAUCAAUGGAAGAAUCUCCAGAUAGGUUAACUAAUUUAUCCGACUGUGUUCUUCUUCCCAUAAAAAUUUGUGGUAUCCAAUGGAAGAAUCUCCGGAAGCAGCUUCCAACUCGUUCAUUAACCUCUUCUCCACCCGAUCCAAAAGAAGACCGGUUGAGUAAUUUACCAGAUUGCAUUCUUCUUCACAUACUCUCAUUGUUGAACAUCAAAGAAGCCAUUCAUACUUGCAUUGUGUCCAAACGAUGGAGAAAUCUCUGGAAGCAUCUUCCAUCUCUUUCAUUAAGUUCUUCGGACUUUCCGAGUAUCGAAGGUUUCACUAAAUUUGUAUCUCAGAUUUUGUCUCAACGUGAUGCCUCAACCUCUUUGCAUGCUCUCAAACUUGACUCAAAGAUUCUCAUUAAGCAGCCUGGUCUAUUUGAAAGGAUUUUAAAAUAUGCUGUUUCACACAAUAUUCAGCAUUUACAAAUAGUUGGCAAUCAUGAUUUUGAACUCUUUAGAUCUUGUUUUGCUUCAUGUCACACUUUAACAUCUCUUUCUGUUUUUAAUAUUUUUCCGCAUCAAGAAGUAAUAUUUUCCAAAUAUUUGAAUUUCCCAGCGUUAAGAAGCUUACACAUAAGUAAUGUAAUCUUUCCUGAUGGUGAUGACCCCUUUUCAGCAUUUCCCAAAUUGAAUACUUUGACCAUUGCUCAUUUUCAAAUUUUAGGUGAACAAAACCUAUCCAUAACAAGUGCAACCCUUCUCGAAUUAACCAUACAAUCAUAUUCUGUCCUCCACAAAAUCAAGCUGUCUACUCCGAAUCUUUGUACUAUUUCUUUGAUCGGCUUUCCUUUUCAGAUACUAUCCGGAAGCCAUCUUACUUCUGUUAAACAUGUAUACAUUGAUACGAAAAAGUGUCUGCUAGAUAAUUUUGUAAAGCCUCUUUUAGGUAAUCUUGUAAAGCCUCUUUCAGACCUACGGAGCUGGUUUCUAGAGCUUACUAAUAUCAAAUCAUUGACUAUAUCUACUUACACUCUUCAGGUUCUCUCCUUAGUUCCUGAUUUGUUGAAGGUUGAGUUUCCUUCCCUAUGUAACUUGAAGUUAUUGAAUAUCGAAAUGAAACCAGCUGCAGAUAGAUUAUCCAACAAAUUAAUAGAUACCAAAUUAAUAUUGGACUAUUUGCUUCAAAACUCUCCAUCAGCAAAAGUUCGGUUCAUUAAAUUCGCUCCAAAGAGAAAUAUCGAUUAUUUAGCUAAAAUUGUUUCGACAAGAAUAAGAAUAGGAGCAGGAGGAUCGGUUCGACAGUUUUUUUGGCAGGAUGAACAAUGA